UCUCUCUCUCUCUCUCUCACUCACUCACUCAGGCUAUGUGGCUGAUGCUUCAGCAGGAGGAGCCAGAGGACCUUGUCAUAGCGACGGGGGAGGUCCAUAGUGUCAGGGAGUUUGUGGAGAAGUCCUUCAAACAUGUGGGCAAGACCAUUGUGUGGGAGGGGAAAGAUGAGAACGAGGUUGGUCGUUGCCAGGAGACAGGGGUGAUUCAUGUGAAGGUGGACUCCAAGUACUACCGUCCUACUGAAGUGGAAUACCUGCAAGGUGAUAGCACCAAGGCACUGACAAAGUUAGGCUGGAAAGCAAAGAUCACUUUUGAGGAACUGGUGAAAGAGAUGGUUGAUGCUGACAUCCAUCUCAUGAAGAAUAACCCUAAUGCAUAAAACCACAUCCUGUGGAUCAACCCAAACCUAGGGAAUUGUCUGAGCACUCCUGACCAGAGUGCACUGUGACUCAACAGUCGCACCAUGUGGUGAAAAGAAUAUAAAACUAGUCUGGAUCAUUUUUUUCAUCACUUUGCUGUCCCAAACAAAGUUACUUGGUCUGUUUUUUUGCCUUUUGCUAUGGUGAGGGGAAGAUUAUUCGAUGCCUUUUAAAUAAUACCAUUCCUUAUUUUUGAUUUUAAUCUUAAUAUAUUUUUUCUCACUGAUCAUGAUUUAGUAGCCUAAUAUGGUGAUAGGACUUGUAAUUGUUUUUAUUCGACACUGUCUCUGGGCAAUAUGGGAUUGUAUUGUUGUCUUGUGAUUGUGUGUUUUAAUCACCUGGCAUAUAGGUCAGAGGUUGCAGUUUGUCCUUUUAGAAGAAAAAAAACAAGUAUAACUUUAAUUAUGUGUUAUUGUAAGAUGACCAACAUAUUUGUUUUAAAUGUUAUUCAGCAUUUGUGAAAUCUUUUGUAUUCCCAUCUGACAUAUUUAAUUCAGAAUAUAAGCAUUUUGGUACAAUAAAACUUGUUAUUUUGAUACAUUA